AUGGGGGCAGCCCUGUUCAUUCUGGCCGGUAUAUUCAUGUUGAAAAAGGCCAGCAACAGGCUCUCCCUGUGGGCACACAACAACUAUAUGUCGGACAAGACGUGGGACUGGGGAAGCGAGUUAGUCGUUAUAACCGGCGGUUGUGGCGGGAUUGGUGCACUAGUUGUUUCCAAGUUGGCUGCAAAGAACAUCAAAGUGGUGAUACUUGACAUUGUUGAGCCAAAUACCAAGUUAGGCAAGUUUCCAUCCUCAGACUCGAACUCUCAUAGCUAUCAAGAAGCCAAUUGUGUCUUCUACAAAGUCGACAUAACCUCCGGCGAGGAGAUAAAUGCCGUUGCGGAGAAGCUCCGCAACGAACACGGAGAUCCCACGGUCCUGAUCAACAAUGCCGGAUUUGGCUCCGCUACCCCGCUGCUUCAGGUCCCGGAGAACGUCGUUCGAAAGGUAUUCGAUGUGAAUAUUAUUUCCCAUUUCCUGUUAGUGAAGGAAUUUCUGCCAGCCAUGGUGGAUCGAAACCACGGCCACGUCGUCACAGUUGCGAGUAUGGGAAGCUUCAUGACCCAGGCAUCGAACGUGGACUACGCCUGUACCAAAGCUGCAGCCUUGGCUUUCCACGAAGGUAUCAAUCAGGAAUUGAAAAUUCUCUACAAUGCGCCAUCAGUCCGAACGACGUACGUCAAUCCCUUGCCACCCCUCAGUGCGUCUGUUGAACUUGAUUCGACUAACCUGUCUAAUCUAAUGGUCAGCAUUAUUCAUCCAAGCUGGGUACGGACUCCCAUGAUUAGCAAACUCAGCAAUAACCCGGCAUUCAAAGCCUCGAUUCUCGAGCCAGAACACGUUGCGCAUGCAAUUGUCAGCCAAAUAUUGUCUGGGUACGGAGGGCAGAUUAUUCUUCCCGAGGGUGGUUCCUGGGUUUCAAGCGUUCGAGGGUUCCCACUGUGGCUACAAGAAAAGUUGCGCACUCAAGUUUCAAUGGUUUUAACAGAAGUGGUCGGGAAGUAG